UAGUGCCAUUUUUUACGAUUCGGAAUGUUAGUUGACAUUAAUGACAUAUUUUGUCAUUGUCAAGCCACAAAUGUCUUUUUAGUACAAUUAACAUAUUCAAAUAAAAACGCAGCCUUAAAACUAAGAAUUUUAUGCUUUCCUUUAAAAUAAAGAUUAGCUAAAACGGCGUUUUGGCUUCCUCAUUACAAUAAUACUUUGUGGUGCUAAGACCACAAAUACUUAAUAUACAAGGCACUGUUAACCGUUUCUCCAUACCUCCCCAUUAUUAAAAUGGAAGAGGAACUAGAUAAACUGAAGGCAGUUCUUCGUUCCCUUGUCGUAUCUUCACCCGUACAAGUAGAUGUACGGGCUUUAUUAAGUGAUUACAAGGAAAUGAUUGGUACUCCACUGCCUAUACAUAAAUUUGGACAUCGCGAUCCCAUUGCAUUUUUAAAAGAGCGAUGUAGUGACUCUUUCUUAUUCCAGGGAUCAACAAGUAAUCCAAUUUUAACACUAAUAGUGCCAGAGGCAAUAAAGCAUAUUGAUAGAUUGGUACAGAAACAAAAGUCUCAAAAUACUAAGAAUAAAGGGAAAAGAAGAAGUGUUUUGAAAUCAACUGUGCCAUCAUUAAAUAAUGAGUCUAAUCUUAUUGUUGAGACAUUUCCAAAGAAAUAUGUUGGAAGUAAAACAUUAACUUCAAGAAUUGGAGACAGCAAUCAAAAUGUUAAUAAUACAAAAGAGGACUCAGGACAUAGCAUGCAUAAUGAAGUGGGUGGAAAAGCUCCAAAACAAAGGGAACAACAACAUGUAGAAUAUGAAAAACCUGUUAACAACAGUAUUAGAUACACAGGGGGCCAUCAUAGUGGAUACAAUCAUCAUGAUUCUGUGUCCACCUACUCAGAACAUGAUUCAGCAAGAGAGACACUUUCAAGUAGUAGCAGUAGCAAGCAAAUGCAGCUGGAGAAAUUGUUGGAUGAAGUUGCCGCUAUUGUUUUCCAGAAUCCAGAUGGUCUCUGGGCUACUGACAUAUUGAAGUGUUACAGACAGAGUUACGGCUGCGAGUUGAACUUAAUACGCUUCGGGUACACGAGCAUCGUGAGUCUGCUGCAGCAAGUACCAGGCGUGUCGUCUGCGCAAGUGCGUGGUGGCGACUGGCGCGUGUGGGCAGGCGACGUCCCGCCCCGGCUUCCGCCCGCAUCGCCACCUCCCGUGCUGCGCCCACGCACACCCACCCCCGACCCUGACGAUGCGCUGCCCGGCGUUCAGUUUGACCCAGACGUGUUCCCGUCGGACUGUCUGCAUUAUACGGAGAGCAUACCAGGCGCGGAACAAGAUGAAGUGCGGCCCGGGGUCAUGUUAGAUGUGCUAAUCGGGGAAGUGUAUUCGCCAUCGCACUUCUGGCUUUUGCGCCUCGGCGAGCAAAACCGUACCAUGGAAGACAUCAUGGAUGAGAUGAACCAGUACUACGAUGGCGGUGGUGAGGGUGCGCGACCACUGGCAAUGGGUGCCGUGCGGAGGGGACACUAUUGCUCUAGUCGCUACGAGGGCGACUGGCAUCGCUCCCUUAUUGUCAAAGUGAUAGACAGUGAUACAGUCAAGGUCCGCCACGUGGACUAUGGUACGGUGGAGCGUGUACAGGCGCAAGCAUUGCGGCCGCUGCGCCGCGAGUGGGGGGAGCUGCCGGCGCAGGCCAUCCGUGCGCGCCUGUCCCGCGUGCAGCCGCCCAACGGUGCCCGUCGCUGGCCACAUGGCGCCGCCACUGCUUUUCUAUCACUCGUCGCACAGAAGCCGCUCGUCGCUGCGGUCGCUGCCGUCGACUCCGAGAACAGUGUCCUGGAAGUGGUCCUCGUGGAUACAUUGACGGAUGAAGACGUGUACGUUUCGGACGAAUUAGUGCGCGCCGGACAUGCCGAUCCGCGCUCCACUGUUCCUGUCUUUUCGGAGCCGUACUUGGCACCGUCAUUCGACGCCCUGGAGAAUGGCGACACUCUCAACUACUCCGAGAUCAGUGCCUACUUGCGCGACGGCGUCGUGCUCGAUUUCCUCGACGAAUAUCGCCGCCACGUUCCCUCCGCCCUGCCCUCUCCUCCGCCGUUGUCACCUCCGGCGCAACCCUCGCAUACCCUCACUGUGGCUCUAGAGAGCAUGAAUAUGACAGAGACAGUUCCGCAAGAGCAGGCUGUGCCAGCAGUGGAGAUGGAAUUGUGGGACGGAGCGGAUGAGCAUUGGCGGGAGGAUACACAAGCGAACCCCGUCCCUGGGACGAACUGGCAGAAUAGCGUAGACGCACAGUUGCAAGCUAGUUCACAACUGGACAAGGAUUUCGUGAGUAUACCAGUACGUGUAUGUCAAACGUUCAAACAGCUGUGCGGAAUAAACCCGCUAAUGGCACUGCAUUACAUAACAAAUGCUAUUGACCUCGCCUCGGUUCCCGCUAAUGGGGCCCCUCCUCCUGGUUUCGGCCCUCACCGCUUCUGUCCUUCGCCGCCGGGACUUUAGCACUUAUAUUUUAAUUUUAAAAUCGUUAAUUUCUUAAAGAAACUAACGGUUGUUAAGUGUUAGAAUGGAGACGUUAAUUGUUUUUAUUUUUAAAUAUCGUUAAAUUAAGAGUAAAAUGUUUUUGGUACAUAAGUACCUACAUUUUAAGUCGAUUUGUGAUAACAUAGUUGAUAAUAUAACAUAAGAAUUUGCCUUAAUACUUUUUAUAUAAAAUAAAAUAGAUUUGUUUAAACUCUUAAUUUCAAUUACCAUCUAUAUUAAACUGUUAGUUUGGAUCUGAUUAGUAUCAAUACUACCGCCAUAUUUGAAUUAAG